GAGUCCGAGCGAUCACCGUCAUAGACGAGUUCGAGUGGGGGCAGGGGUGCAUCUUCGCGGUCACGAAGCACGAGAGGCCUGAGGUGCAGGAGGGGAAGGCUUGCAGCACGAUGUGCGACUGGAUGUGGCCCGCGUUCUGGUUUUUGGCGGACAGCUGUGCGGGCGAACGCGUGUGCGGGCUCGGGGGCUCCCUGGAUGUGGAGACCAAGCCUGGGCGGAAUCUCGAUUUGACGGUCGCGGGCGGCACCCCGCUGAGGUGCUGCGGCUCGAAGACGGUGGCGCUCUACAUUGCGGGGGGCAGACGGGUCAUCGUGGAGUUCCAGGUCACCGAUGUGAAGCUGCCGAUCAUGAGCGUGGGGAAGUGCUGCAGCAGAAUGGAGGACAGGGUCGCGUGGUGCGACGGCGAGGGCGGCUUGCUGCAGCGCGAGGCGGCAGGCCUGGUGAAACUCGCGAAGAGAACCAAUCACUAUGCGCUGGAGUGCUGGACAAAG